AUGACAGCAUCAAGAGACCAUCUUGCCGACCUCGACCGGCACAUGCAGCUGCUCGAAGGCAAGGUCAAUCAGCUUCACGCAUCUCUGACCCACUGGCAACAAACCUACUUUGAGUAUGCUGCACUCAAAGAGGAGGUCGACAGCCUGCCCAAGGAUCCAUCUCCCCGCACGGAGCUUGAUCGUAUUCGUCGCGACUAUGACGGCACCCUCAUCACCAAGAAAGAAAUCAACGAGAUCUUUGGCGAAAAGGAUCUCAAGGAAGCGGAUCAGAUCUCCAAUGUCCUCGGUCGCCGCCUCGACUAUGUCGAGAAAAACGUCGAUACGCUGACGAAGCUUGUCGAAACCGAAGAGAACAAACUCGCGGCGGCAAAAGUCAUCGCCAACCCUGACGGCGGCACCGAUGAAGAGACUGGCCUUCCCAUCACCGACAUCAUUGAGGAGCUGGAUGAAGAAGACAAUGUCGUUCAGUACCGCCUGCAGAGCGGAGGCGAGGUCAGCAAGAGAGUCGAGGAAGCCCUCAAGAGGGCUGGGGUUGAGAAGCUCCCCGAGACCGAGGCCGAUCUUUCCCAGUCACAAACCGUCUCCAGCACCACAAAAGAAAAGCCAGUAGUCGAGCAACAACCUGCUGCUGCUGUCUCUGCCUCUGCUGCCUCCGCGACCGCCAGCGAAUCCUCGAGCACGGCACCCACCACCCCAUCUACGAGCUCGGCAAAGAGUGUCACGUUUGCCGACGAUACCAACUCCGCCGACCAGUUGCCGACCACAGCCGAAGAACUCAAGGAGCUCAUGCAAAAGGUCAAGGAACAGGAGGCAAUGGACAUGUCUAAAGCUGUGAGACCCGAGGACGAGCCGGAGGACGAAAGCCAGUUGCGCGCCGACAUGCUUCAGUACAUGCAGGAGGAACUCCAUCCCAUCGUGGCCGAACUCGAGAUCGACGAAGGGUCCACCGAGGAUGAGUACGCGGAUUGGGAUGAGUACGAGGAGGAGCUUGAGGAGGAAGACGACGAUGACGAGGACGAGUUUGGUCGCUCCAAGCACAGCGUGAUCACCAGUGAUUACAUCCAGCGUAUGCAGGAGCUUGAGAAGCGCUUGGGCUUUAAGUCUGCGUUCACUGUCGAGCGUCAGAAGCCGCAGCAACCGGAUGACGAAGAUCGCAAGGAUGCUGGUGGCGGUUACAUCACUGUCUCCAAGGGGAAGGCAAAGGAGAAGAAAGGUGUGCGGUUCGCCACUGAACUGGACAUUGCCCCUGAGGAAGAGACCCAGUGGGCUGUAAAGUCGAAGCCCGGUACGCCAAAGGUGCCCUUGGUCAAUCCCAUUGGGGAUAUUGUAGAACAUGGAGCUGCGGUCAGUGCCCCGAUAGUGCACGAGCAAGAGUUGGAAGAACCAGAGCCUCCCAAGCGUGUGUCGCGGUUCAAGAAAGAACGUGCAUCAACCGGAAAGGCUGCUGCUCCGGCCGUGGCAUCCCCGCCUCCUGGUCCCCUCCAGCUGCCUCAGCGUUUCCGCGAGUCUCAUUCUACCCCUCCUACCGAGCCCACACCUCCCGAGGAUCAGAUUCUGGCCAACCAGGUUGUCGAGAGAAGUGUCUCGUCUGCGCCGCAGGAGCCGGAUGACAUGGACGAUGAGCUCCUGUACCGGGCGGCGGCGGUUGAGUACAACCGGUUGCGGAAUCGCAUGAUCCAGAAGGAGGGAGGCUUCAUGAAGCCGGAGGAGGAACAGCCCAUCGUCCCGCUGGAUGAGGAAGAGGGCGGUCCGCCGCGCAUGAGCAGAUUCAAGGCGGCUCGGUUGGCCAGAUCAUGA